UUGAGAAAAAUAUUUCAAAAUUUUGAAUCUUCCUUGCUGGAAAAGAUGUCAACAUAUGAUUUAAUCAAUGAUUUUAGUGCAAAUCAUUCAUCAAUCAUACGAUCAUGCAAAUAUAAACCAAUAAAUUAUCGAAGAAUGGAUAAUAUAUCGGAAGAAUAUUUAGGACCAAUUGAUUGUACAAUGAUUAAAGCAUAUGUACCAAGUAUUUAUUUUGGUAGAAAAUGUUUUACUUAUUUUUCCAAUUUAGUUGAUAUGUCUGAUGAUUGGCGACAUAUAAUACCGAAUACAACAACGAAUUGUUCAACAACAGAAAAAUGUUCAAAAAUAUAUAUCGUUGAUAAUUUAGAUGAUAUUUAUUCAAAAUUAUAUACAAGAAUGAUUGCUGAUUUAAAUCCAGAAAUUCUGAUCGAAAUCGAAGCUAAUGAUGAUGUUUGGAAAUUUAUGAAUAUUGAUAGUUUGUUUUUGUUUGCAAUUCAUAAAUCAAAUGAAUUACCAUCGAUUGAAGAUUUUAAUCAAUAUUCAGUAGUAAAUAAUAAUCGUUUGGAUAUUAGUUUUACAUUUACAAAAUUAGAUGUAACAUUACAUUCAUAUUGUAAAAAUUAUUAUUUUGAUAAUAUACUUUAUUCAAAUUAUCGUAAUCGUGAUGAAUGUUUACGUAUUUGUAUUCUUGGUGAUUAUUUUUUGGCAAAUAUUACCUGUCAUUAUUAUUUUCCACCAAUUAUGCUUGAACAUUUAUAUGGUGGUCAAAAACAAUUAACAGUAUGUCCACAUGAUCAACAAGAUUAUUCAAAAUAUUUAUUUUAUAAAAAUCUAUGCGAAUUUCAUUGCCAAAAUGAAUGUCAAUUGGAAAGAAUAGAAACAUAUUCAUUAUCAACAAAAUUUUCAUAUGAAACAACAAAAAAAACUUAUACACAAUUUCGUAUACAAUUUUCAACAUAUCCAAUUCAAUCAAUACGUUAUCGUAUAGUUAUCGAUGAUAAUGAAUUAUUGGCUAUAUUUGGUGGUCAUCUUGGUCUUUGGCUUGGUUCAUCCGUCAUUUAUAUUAUCAAUGGUAUAGCAUAUGUUUUUAUGUUUAUUUUAAGAAUAUUUUUAAAAAUAUUCUGUAUACAUCGUAUUGCAAAAUGGUUACUAAAACAUUUUGAUUGAUUUCUGUUGUUGUUUUUUGUUGUUGUUGAAAUUAAUAUAAAAAA